CUGCUGCACAAAGUGCAGGUCAUUCGUGUGAUGCUCCGAUUCUUGAUGAUGGUUAUUUGGUCCCGAAACACACCACGUAUUCUCAUGAAGCCAACCUCAUGUAUGGCUGUGAUAACGGGCGUAAACCGGCAGUGGAAGGUUGGUGGGCAACAAUCAUAUGUCAAAAUGGCACAUGGUCGCAUACACCACAGUGUAUAGAUGAACAAGCCUGCAUUCCACUAGAUAUACCUAAUGGAAAAUAUAAAAAAAGCCCAAAAGGUUUGUAUGAUAACAAACAAUCAAUCUACAUAAAGUGUGACAAAGGGUAUGAAUCCAAAAACCGGGAUGCUACAGCCAUAUGUUCAAAUGGAACAUGGACCUCUGUGCCGGUCUGUGAGAGAAGUAUCGAGACAUGUGGGGAGCCCCCUAAAAUCCCCCAUGCAGUCAUCAUCCAUCAGGAAUACCAAGAGUUGUUUGCUGCAGAUUCAGAAGUGCAGUAUGAAUGUGAAGAUGGAUAUUCUGUAGAGGGAGGAGGAACCAAAGAUAGCAUCACUUGCAUGUCUGGAAACUGGACUGAAGGCCCAAAGUGCCAAAGAGGAACCCAUUUAGGUACUAGAGAUGGUGGAGUUACGCCCGGCAGUGGGAUACAACCUGCAGGUCGAGGAUUGUCUCCCAUCUCUGGCUCGAAUGAGAAAGGCAGUAUAUCUUCGUUCACAACAGUCAACCACUGUGGAGCGUACCCAAUCGUACCAAACGGUGAUGUUGUGAAAGACGAUCCAAUGUUUUUGAAAUACCAAUGCAAUUCCUUUUAUAAACGAGUGGGUCCAGACAUCGUGAGGUGUCACAGUGAAGGCAGCUGGUCACAACUACCCAUCUGCCAAGAGGCAUACUGUACCAUGGAUCUUGCUCAAAAUCCUGUGGACGGUGUUAAACUAUCUGGAGUUGAAUAUGUAACUGAAGGAGAAACCAAGUACAUUCGGUGUAUUUGGCGUGCUUACAGCAGUCGUGUUAAGUGCAUCAGUGGAGAAUUGAUUUAUACCCAGUGUUGUCAUUAUGAUGACCAUCAACGGGGAGUUUGCUCGUAAAGCAAAUGACGAAUCGCUGCUCGACUGACAAGCAAAGCCAAGUUGGACACUUCUAAAUUCCUUCACCAGAAAACAAUAGCCAAAACAUUACUGCGUUUUCAUUUGGAUCAAUCAGA